AGUACUGUCCGAUUGCUGCAGCUAAGAACAAUACCAGGAGACUAUAUACCCAGUUAUCGAAUAUGCUACCAUCGUUCGGAUUUACACAGGAGCAAGUGGCCUGUGUAUGCGAGGUCCUCCAACAAUCCGGCAACAUUGAACGACUUGGUCGGUUCUUAUGGUCGCUACCAGCGUGUGAGCAUUUACAUAAAAAUGAAAGCGUGCUCAAAGCUAAAGCUAUUGUCGCUUUUCAUCGAGGUAACUUCCGUGAGUUGUACAAGAUCCUUGAGAGCAACAAUUUCAACCCUCAAAACCACCCCAAAUUGCAAGCACUCUGGUUGAAGGCUCACUACAUAGAGGCAGAAAAACUCCGGGGUAGGCCUCUCGGGGCCGUAGGAAAAUACCGCGUCCGCAGAAAGUUCCCGCUCCCCCGCACGAUUUGGGAUGGCGAGGAGACCAGCUAUUGCUUCAAAGAGAAGUCCCGAGGUGUGCUGAGAGAGUGGUACUCACAUAACCCUUAUCCUUCGCCGAGAGAAAAACGAGAAUUGGCCGAAGGAACGGGACUUACCACGACUCAAGUCAGUAACUGGUUCAAGAAUCGUAGACAGCGUGACAGGGCAGCUGAGGCGAAAGAAAGGGAAAACACAAACGAUGGGGACAAGAAUAAACUGGGACUGACAGCGGACGACUCGGACGAGGCCAAGUCGAUCAUAUUAAGCCAACAUCCAGGCGAUAAUGGCGAAUCUGUUGUGAUGCAACACACCGAUACGAACUCACAAAAUCUUAGUAUGUUAGCAGACCUUCAAAAAUCCACCAUCGUUUCGCCGACUAUGACCAGUCUCGCCAGUACGACACCAGCAGCACCCAGCGCCCAUGCAGUGAGCGCCGAUGUUCUACACACCCAACAACACAACACACUCCAGCCGACACUACUCACGUCCAUGUCAACUAACUUGGUGGAUCUCGGAUCGUAGGAUUUCACCCACUGACGAUUAAAACUGUGACAGAUUCUGCCCGGACCUCAUUACAUCAACAGGACCCUGAUAGAACCCCCUACCGUCGCUGCCGUUUUUGCAACUAUACCGCCAAAGCUAGAGGCAACUUACAACCUAAAGCGAUCCCAGCUGACUGUGUGUAGAGAGAGUUGAACAACCGUGACACAGGUCUGGACAUUUUUUUGCAUGUUUGUGCGAGAGCAAAUUUAGGUUAUUGUUGACAAAUGGAAAGGUGAACUAUCGGAUACAUAGCCUUUUAAACCCACCGAAUUUAUUCUCGAGUAUACAAUUUUCGAAGAUCAAUUGCAGCAUUUUUAUAUCAGCAGAAUUAUUUUUUAUUCUUGAACUAAAAGAAAUCUGCUCUCGCAUUUGUUGUCGGUAAAGUAGUUUACCAGUGCUGACACUGCUUUAAAGCUUUUUUUAUUAUUUAUUUUCCUGAGAAACCUCAUAUUCUUACCCAUUAUGUAGCUAUAGAAAAAUAUACUAUAUGAGAUAAAAUUGCGUACGUAAUAUAAA